AGACAGACAGAAGAUUUAUUUUGCUAAUACAAGUGGAGGUCAAAAUUUAGAGAAGCAGAAAAUUAAACAAUAGUUUUUGAAGCAACCACGCACUUAUCAACCAAUCCUGCACAAAUGAGGAUGACAUCUUCGACGAAAAUUAUGUUUAUUGCUUGCGGAUCAUUUAGCCCACCGACUCCUAUGCACUUUCGAAUGUUUGAAAUUGCUCGGGAUCAUUUCAACCAAAUGGGAUAUGGACAAGUGUUAGGAGGCAUAGUUUCUCCUGUUCAUGAUUCAUACGGCAAAAAAGGGCUUGUUACUGCUACACAUCGAUGUGCAAUGCUGAGAAUAUCACUUCAAUCAUCGGACUGGAUACGAUUAUCCGAAUGGGAAACACAACAAGAAGAAUGGACACGGACAAGGCUUACUCUUCAAUACCACCAGAAUUACAUAAAUUCUCUUCUAAAAGAUUCAAAUAACAUCAACGACCAAAUUAUUCCAUCUUGGAUUCCAGCGGGAUUAGAAAAAGUUAGUGGACAUGUGCAACUAAAAUUGUUGUGUGGCGCAGAUCUUCUGGAAUCUUUUGCAACACCUGGUCUGUGGAAAGAUGAAGAUAUAGAGGCUAUUGUCGGACAACAUGGAAUUGUGGUCAUUUCACGAGCUGGUUCUAAUCCGGAACAAUUUAUUUUUAACUCAGACAUCCUUAGUCGAUACAGCCGGAAUAUUACCAUAGUAACCAACUGGGUUACAAACGAUGUGAGUUCGACCCUUGUCCGCCGACUGUUAAAUCGAGGGUUAUCAGUUAAAUAUUUACUGGAUGAUUACAUAAUUGAAUACAUUAGAAAAAACUGUCUAUAUGGAACAACUCAAAGUAAAUUCAUUUUAUGUACUAAUGUGGAAGGAGAAAUGAUGAAUAUUUCACCGAUUUCUCCAGUUAAUAAUAGUGAAAUUUACAUAAAAAGUCAAAAUGAAUUGAACACACGUAAUACACUGGAAUCUAUGGAUGAAACUGACCUUCCACGCACGACUUUAAACCGUGUGUUUUGCUGUGCAACAGAAAACAGUGACAAAGCCAUCCCAACCAGAAACACUCGUGGAAUAAUGUCUCACCCAGGAGGAGCAGUACAAGUCAAAGCACAGGAAAACUUCGACACUAAUCCAUCUGCUGCCAACAACACAACUUUUGAUUCGUUCGCUUUUUAUUCGACAGAUGAAAAGGUGGGUGCUCUGAGUAGUGUAAUGGAAAACGAAAACCGCACCUCCGCAAAUAAGGCUAAGACACAAGCUUUACGAACUGAAAGCACAUCUUGCAAUGAGAACACAUAUAACAGCACAAAUUCAAAAAUUGAAUGCUUAAAGCUAGGUAUCAUUACCGAUCCCAACAUCAAAGAAACAAAAGUAGUAACCAACUAUGCGGACGAAACGCAUAUGGUCGAUAAUGAUUCUCCGUUAGCUUCUGCAGGUCGAAUAAGCCCAUCAAAAAGCUACGACGAUAUGAUCAAGUUUGUUUUUACCGAACAUGGCAUUCGAGUGAUCAGCGAUCGCGAAUACGUGGUUUAAUUCGCCAUGUAUGAGUAUGUUUUUUUCUUUUAUUUUUUCAGCAAUGCUCACGAAACACUGCCUAGAAAUAUAUUUCUACAUAUAAUGUUCUUCUAACAAGAAUGCACAAAACAAAUGCAGAGUUGCACGUGUAUAUCUGUAAAAGACUAGAUUUUGCAUGCCUUUUACUUGAAUUUAUUCAUUUAGUAACGCAGAUAUGCUCAGAAACCAAUAUUUUCUUUAAACCGCAGUAAUAUUCACAAAUAAAUAUCACGUACUACAGGUAUGCUACACAUUGCCCCAUUUAUCUGCUUUUGCGAAUAUAUCUUAGGAUAAAACCUGGCUUAUUAUUCUUCUUUUCAUUAUGGCCAUCCCAUUCCUCUUGAAAAUGCUCUGUAUACUCUACACCCCUCUUGCUUCACAUAUCUUUAUCAAAAUCAAUUUAAGUUUGCCGAACGACUCUUUGGAUUACGCCGGAGACUGUUUUACCAACAUAAUGUCUCACAUUUCAUAUUGAAAUUUAAAAUUUGUUUAUAAUUCAGCAACUAUUGAACAACACUGAAAUAGUUAAGUACCUUGUUAUAUUCUACUUACCCAAAAACGUCAAAAAGUCAGUUUCAGCCAACGGGCAUUUUACAUAAUUAGGUACAGUGGACCCUCAAAAAAGUUAACUCUCUGAAAAGUUAAUUAAGUUAAUUGUUCAGAAAAGUUAAGCGAACAUUUUUGGCUCUCAUGCAAAACUCUAAAAAGUUAAUUUUUUCCUUAACUUUUCGGAGAGUUUAAAUUUAUUGGUUGUCCUAGCGUUCGUUCACACACGUGUGUUUUCCUUUUGUCUUUGUUUUUCUUUUUUCGGUUUAUUGUCACAUUUUCACCAUUUUAUAAAAAGUUGAAUCACAGCAGAGAUAAACUCUUGUACCGGACAGUUGCAACUAUAGUUCGAUACGAGCUCAUAGGUUCUUCAGGUUUUUUGAUAACAUGCCGAAAAAGCGCAAAUUCAGAUUGAAUUUACAAAAGAAGGAACAGAUGAAACAGAAAAUACGCGCGAACAUUAUCAAAACGUUCACUACAAAAUUUAAUUACCAAACCGUGUAAAGAACAAAAGCAGACUAGUAUAACAAACCAUUUGAAACUUACUGAAAGAAACUAGUAUUAUUUAAUGAGUUCUUGCUACAUAUUUUCUUCCAUUGUAACACCCACUUACAUUAAAAUGUGUAUCCUAUAUCCGUAAACCUAUUUUCGCCUUUGUCUUUAUCAUUUUUAAUGAUUUUUAGGACUACUCAGAAAAGUUAAUAAUUCGAAAAAGAUAAUUGACCCAAUCCCCAAUCGAUUCACUUUUCCGAGAGUCCACUAUAUUCAAAAUAAUUCCAAGGGUCUCAGAAUUUCAUGAAAACAAUAUUUUAAAAUCUUCGAGAUCCACUAUUUUUCCUGCGAAUU